AUGUCAGAGAAGAUCAUGGUUCACUCAAGGUUUAUAUUUUGCGUGAUGAUCAUUUCUAUGUUCCUUUUGGUCCUGUCAUCCCUUUUCCUACUCCAGUUUGGCAGUCAUUCUUUGAUACCUAGAUCAGUAUUAGAACUUAUUCUUGUCAAUAAUGCGUCGCUUUACUUCAUGCCCAAUUUGAAGAGAGAGCAGAUGGUACUCCCUCCCUACCCUUCCGAGGAUUUAAAAUUUCAAUCACAAAAACCCAGAGAAUCCGACUGUCAAGCUUCUGAUGAUUCAAGACAUAAAACAAGUUCUGUGGGACAACAGGUGAAUGUGCCAUCUCAUACAAGUCGCCCUUUACUUAAAGUAUUCAUGUAUGACUUGCCACCAGAAUUUCAUUUUGGUUUAUUGGGUUGGAAGGGAAGUGUGAAUCAAACAUGGCCUGAGGUUGAUAACCCCAAAGGUAUCCCUCGCUAUCCAGGUGGUCUGAACUUGCAGCACAGCAUGGAAUACUGGCUCACCCUUGAUCUUCUGUCAUCAAACACCGCCAAAGUUGGCCAUUCUUGCUCUGCAAUUAGAGUGCAGGAUUCAAGUCAAGCAGAUGUAAUUUUUGUGCCAUUUUUCUCAUCUCUGAGUUACAAUCGGCAUUCCAAGCUUCAUGGAGUGGAAAAAGUUAGUGUUAACAAAAUGUUGCAGGACAAAUUGGUGCAGUUCUUAAUGGGCCGGAAAGAAUGGAAACGUUCAGGAGGGAAGGAUCAUCUGAUUGUAGCCCACCAUCCUAACAGCUUGUUGGAUGCAAGAAGAAAAUUGGGUUCUGCCAUGCUUGUUCUUGCAGAUUUUGGAAGGUAUCCUGCUGAAUUAGCAAAUAUCAACAAAGAUAUAAUAGCCCCCUACAGGCACCUAGUACGCACCAUACCAAGGGCUAAAUCAGCUUCAUAUGAAGAACGUACCACACUGGUGUAUUUCCAGGGAGCAAUAUACAGGAAAGAUGGAGGAGCCAUUCGCCAAGAACUAUACUACCUCCUCAAAGAAGAAAAAGAUGUGCAUUUCACAUUUGGGAGCAUAGGAGGAAAUGGGAUCAAUCAGGCAAGCCAGGGCAUGGCCUUGUCAAAAUUCUGCCUCAACAUUGCUGGCGACACCCCGUCCUCGAAUCGCCUCUUUGAUGCCAUUGUAAGCCACUGUGUGCCUGUGAUCAUUAGUGAUGAAAUUGAGCUACCCUUUGAAGAUGUCUUGGACUACUCAUACUUUUCUGUAUUUGUUCGUGCCUCUGACGCCAUGAAGAAAGGCUACCUGCUGAAUCUCCUUCGGUCAAUCAAACGGGAUGAGUGGAACAAGAUGUGGGAAAGAUUGAAGGAAAUUACACCCCACUUUGAGUAUCAGUAUCCAUCCCAACCUGGGGAUGCAGUGAAUAUGAUUUGGCAGCAAGUUGCAAGAAAGAUAGCUUCAGUAAAGUUCAAUUUGCACAGAAAGAACAGAUACCAGAGAUCUCAGCUUCGUGUUAAGACUAACUGA